CGGGUAGCCACGGAGGCCAACGCAGAGGGGGGCAGCAACAAGGCGCGCAAGGGCUCGGGCAAGGGCGUCGAGGACUCCCAUGUGAACGCUCGCCUGCUUCGACAGCUGGAAUCGAGAGUGCGCACGCUGGAGUUCGGAUCGGGCCUGGUAGUGUACGGACCGAGCGACGACCAGUACGUGGACACGUUGAAGCAGACCUACCAGGAGUACCAGAAGAAGGUGGAGGGCAAGAACAACACGCACGGGCUCGGUCCGCCAGCAUUGCAGAAUUUUGCCGCACUUCUCAGCGCUUUCAACAGUUGGCUCGACAAGCCAGGCAAGGCUCAGGACUCGGUGAAGGAGCUGGCGGAUAUUCCUCGCAGGCUGCUCCUAAUGAUGAUGAAAGGAGAUCAGGAGCAGGCCAGCACGUGGAUCAAGGAGUGUGGAACCAGCUCGACGGCAGACAGCAGCAUCUCGAAGAUUACGGUCAAGGUGUUAGAGGACAAGGACGUGGAGGAGGGAGAAAAGCGCAGGGCAGAGGUUCGAGUCAUUCGCAGCCCGCUCGAGUUCGCCCAGCUAG